UUUGUGUCCCGCACUUUAAGUUAUUCCUACAAUUUUAUAAAAAAGAUGUGUCGAAAAUAGAAGUGCAAUGUGCAACAAUAAUUCCAUACAGUUCCCUUCAUGCCACACACUGUACUGUAAUUAAGGGAACAGAAAAAUGGCAUUUUCCUGGUGGUGAAAAACAUACACAUCGCUACGAUAGAUCGCUCUGGAAUUGAGUUCGACAGAUGGCUAUGCAGGUUAUGUAUCUAUGCUGCAAUUUAAUUUCGGUUGCUAUGGUUACAUGUACAGACCAUACACAUAUCCAUAGAUUGAAUAUAUAUUUUCAUGUGCGCGUGGCCAGAUUGGAUGCCACAGUUUGCUGAUACAUCACUAAUUAAAACUGAUGUAUGUGAUGUGUUAAUGAAUGGAAGAGGACUAAUAUAUAUUCGUAAUAUGACGGAGCUAAUGCAGAGAGCACUAUACAGUUUAAGUCAACAUGUACAAACAUACUUACAUGAAGAACACAUCAUUACGAGGUAAAGAAAUGCAAGUGGACUUUGGCCUUCUGAGGAUUAUACUUGAGACAGACUUGGGAAUAUAUUGCAGACCCAAACCUGGAGCCAGUGUAGGAAUAUGGAUGUCCUUUCUGUUACCUGCUGCAAUAAUCUUAAGUACCUACUCAUGUCAUAAUGUAACCGAACUAUAUAAAACAGCAGCUACACUUAGUCUGGGUCUUCUAGGGACUUCUGUGGUGUUUGUUACAAAACCAUGCAAUUGCAAGAUGUAUGAGUAUGUUCUUACUAUCCCUCCAGUCUUCACUUACAUGCUGUUAUAUUUUUAUAAUGGAAUUGGAGUUUGGUUCAGCAUUGCAGGUGGCUUUGCUUCAUAUUCAUGCAGUGAGGCUGUAAUAUUACUACUUGAUGUUACUCCAAAGUGUCUUACAUAUGGGGAAGCUUCUGUUCUUACCCAGUCACUGAUAUUGUUUUUGUUCACAACAGCCAUUAACCUAGUUAAUACGUUGCACACUGUGCCAAUGCAGUGUGUAGAUACUGCCACAGUUAUUCUUCAGGUUGGGUUAUUUGGUGUGUUACUAAUAUGUGCAGCAGCAUACAUGUUUCCAAACUUCAGAAAACCUAUGCCAUUUUAUGCUUUGACACUAGCCAUGGUAUUUGGUUUUGUGGUACCAUUUCUUCAUAUUCUGCUGCAAGCAAGCCCUGUUCUAUGGAUUUUACAACUGCUUGUAGCUAACAUGCCAAGGAUAUGGCUUGUCAUUUAUUGGGUAGUAUGCAGUGGGUUGGCAGUUCUUGCAGUGAAUGUUCAAAUUCAGGGACAACAACAAGCCUCUACAGUGAUAAGAAAAUACUUCCACAUCUUGGCUGUGGCUGUCUUCAUUCCAGGUUUAAUUAGGGAGUGCUGUUUCCUUUACCUAGCUAGUGGAGUGGUCUUGGCAUUAAUAACUGCUCUAGAGCUGCUCCGUGUUAUUCGUAUGCCUCCCCUGGGUGAGGUACUGCAAGCUGGUUUCACAGUGUAUGCAGAUGAGAAGGAUGCAGGUACAUUGGCAUUAACGCCAAUUUACUUAUUGGCUGGCUGUUCAUUGCCGCUUUGGCUUUAUCCAUCAAUUUGUUUAGAAGAAAUUUACGCAGGACAACAUUUAUUGCCAUUGAUGAGUGGACUGUUGACAGUUGGGAUUGGUGAUACUGCUGCCAGUGUCUUUGGUACUUGGAUUGGCAAAACUAAAUGGGAAGGAACAAAGAAGACCAAAGAAGGAACUUUUGCCAGCAUAAUAUGCCAAAUGAUUCUGAUCCUGAUGCUUGUUUAUUUAGGACACAUGCCAUGCAGUGGAGUCGUGCUCAUACGGUCAUUGUUUGCAGUUACAGUAACUUCAGUGUUAGAAGCAAAAACUGAUCAGGUGGAUAAUCUGGCGCUUCCGCUUGUGAUGUACAUGCUACUGCUUCCAUUCCCAAGGACUAUAUGAAUAGUAAAUCUCUGUCUUUAUAAAAAGAAAUCGAAAUACCAAUUUAUAACAGUUAUAAAAUUUAAUAUACAUUUUUAAAUUUAGAUAUUCCAAAAAUGUGUUUGAUUUAUCAGUGACAAUAUUGUAUUCAGGUGAUAGAUAAAACAUAGAAUUGUAAAUAUGAUGAGCUGGAAAAUAUAAAAAGUGCUAAAGUUGAUGACCAAAUUUUGUUUCCAGUAAUUUCUAGUUAAGUCUACUGCAUAUGGUAUUUUGGUCUUGUAAAUGUUCUUGUAGAACAUCUGACUGCAGGUUCUUGAUAAUGUGCUGAAGCACGUAAUGAAAUAUGACUAUUUUAUGCAUUGCUAUGUUAUAUUCAAUCAAAAGUGAUGCUUUAUGCAGAACGCAUCUUAAAAUAUAAUACGUGGUGGCUUACAAUAAAAAAUGUAGUCUGAAUGUGAACGAAUCAUUGAAUUUAUGUGUGUGUAUGUGAUUUAAAUUGGGUAGGUGUACUGUCAAAACAUAAAUUUUAUAUAAAUACUGCAUUUAUAACAGACCUGUUUUUUUGUAAUAUGUAAGUAUGAAUGGAUUAUUUAAGAAUAAACUGUUUCUCAUAUCAAA